CGGCGAGUUGGGAAGGGUCUACGAUCCUGAGGUAUAGCCGAGUGAACCCGCCUUGGUCUCUUCGGCUUAAUCCGUUUCCCAACUGGACAAAUUUUCGCUGGGAUGAAUGGAAGCAUGGCGGAAGGUAUUUCUACCUCUUCACAGACCUGCCCUUCAGACCCUCAAGGUCUUUUCACCUCUGAGGGUCUUUCGUCCCCCCCACCACUCUCUCAUCUGCAUGUCAAUGAUCUGGGGCUUACACCUUCCCCUGGAUCCCAGCUGCAGCACUUCGAUGCCUCCAAAGGUGAACAACGCGGCUCGUCUGACCGGGACGUAAAAACAAAUUCAGCUCAGAACGCCGUCCAUAACCGCACAUACCACGCCGAAGAUCACUCAUACAGUCACAAAGGCGAUGGAAACGAGGAAAAACCCGACCAUGCACCUUCGGAUGAUGGACAUGGCGGCAGCGCCUACAUAGACCAGUCCAAAGGUUCACCACGGCUGGAUGUUCAUUCUUCGGAGUUUAAUGGAGCAAACGAUACGGCUGGAGAUCUGUACGACCCUCUCUUCGACUCGGAUGUUGUUUUUGAUGAGCUCGAUGCGGCCUUCCGUUCCCAAAAGCGGGCUGGUGAGGAGGCGUUUCCCGAGGAGAAUGCCUUCUGGGACCAGUCCCGAAAGAGACAGGCCACCGAGCUCAUCCAAGGCCUUACAGAGUCUCCUGAUAAGACACCGUCGCUUUCGUCGCUUGAUUGUUCUCUUCAGCCCGACCAAGGCGGCACGGGGCCACAUACACCAGUCGAUAUCGAGAAACAACAGCCGCCUGCUAUGUUUGAAUCGAUGGAUCUCUUGUUCCCAGACCCGCCGUUCGAUGUUUCUCUAGACAUCCCAGAUGGCGAAGUCCCUUUCAACUUUGAUCUCCAGGAUGCAUUUAACGAACAAGAGCAGAAAGAGGCAGCGUCAAUGAAAAUUGAGAUCCCUGAAGAGGCUCUCGGAUUCGACGAAUGCGAUUUGCCUUCUGUCAGCGAAAUCACCAAGGCACGGUUCUCUCUUGACCAACACCAUGUCAUUGCAAACACAAACCGAGAGGUCCUGCAGCGAGUCUACCCCGAACCCGAGUACGUUUCGCCAUAUCCAGCUCAUGGAGGGCCGUUGGGGUAUCUCCCGUCAACCCCUGGAGUCCACGUCAGGUACGUUGAAGUCACGGACGACCGUAACAGCUACCGUAUCAAUUGCCUGCGGAACAAAGUGCAGCAGCUGUCGCUCGAGCGGAAUAAAUACCGACAAGAAUUGUCGCAGUUGGCGGACUUGAUCACGGUGGACCCGGCGACGGGCAAGACAAACCAACAAUUGCUACUUGAUCAGAACGCGAUGCUGCGACGAGUGUGUUCGCGCCACCAAAGUAGGGUUGAGCAGUACAAACAGGAGACCAUAGAGUGGAAGAAUAAGCUUCACGACCUGGGUACGACCUACAACAAUCUCUUAUAUGAGCUCCGGACACAGAAAGAAGCCCCCGCCGUUGCUCCCAUACCAAAUGGAUACAAGCCUCCACGUGUUCGCCAGGCCAAUCCGACCCAGCAGUCGCAGUCGCAUUUGCAACCCGGUUCGCACACAAUUCCACCCACGGCACAGCCUCCACAUCUGCAGCCCGUGUCAUCGUCUGCACCAAACGCUCCUGCUAGUCAUGUGUGCCAGAACAUAGCUCCAGGCUCCUCUGCGCCCAGAGCGGAACCAUUGACGAUCGACCUGACCGAGGAAACUGGUGAUGAUGAGCCAGCUCCGGUGAUGCCAACCCCGGAGGAAACCCAACGACGGGCCGAAAUGCUUCAAUCGCUACGAAGCAAGAAAUACAGCUGGCUUGGUGCCGAGGCGGACGCCGGCCCUCAUAGCGUCCGCGCGACCCCCGCGCCUCAAGCCCAAGGAUCCCCCAGGGCGGAAGGUGGGCCUCAAGAUGCCGGGCGGAGCCGGGGCCACGCACCGGCGCAAGCCUCAUGCGAGAUUGCGUCAGUCGAUCUAGCCGAUAGCGACGAUGACUUGGCUCGUAUGAUGGAGCAAGAAUUGACGCAGAGCUGAUUGACGUAUUUGAUUUUCUCUUCACAUUUUGAUACCCUUACCCUUAUCGAUCGGAUUACGAGACCGCCCUGCUCUGACCCGUUUUCUUUUGCUGUCACAGUUGCAUCAUAGCGUGCGCGGCCUCUGGUUUUGCAUACAUAGACAAACAAGUUCACCUUUCGGGAU